AUGGCUUCCGAACAAUUACGCAUUCUCAUUGUCGGCAAUGGUGGCCGUGAACAUGCUCUGGCUUGGAAGCUGAGCGAGUCUUCGCUGGUCGACAUCGUCUACGUCGCUCCCGGAAACGGUGGCACUGGUCUGGGUGCCUCCAGCAAGAUCACCAAUGCCAAUGUCAAGGGUGAUGACUACCCCGGUCUGGUUGCCUUUGCUCAGCAGAACAAUGUCAACCUUGUUGUCCCCGGCCCCGAGGCUCCUCUCGUCGACGGUAUUCAGGGUUACUUCCAGGCUGUUGGAAUCCGAUGCUUCGGUCCCUCCAAGGCUGCCGCUCGCAUGGAGGGCUCCAAGACUUUCUCCAAGGACUUCAUGCAGCGCCACCAGAUUCCCACCGCUGCCUUUGGAAACUUCUCCGACUACGAAUCCGCCGCUAAAUACCUCGACUCCGUCAACCACAACGUUGUUAUCAAGGCUGACGGUCUUGCCGGUGGCAAGGGUGUUGUUAUCCCUACCACCAAGGAGGAGGCUCACCAAGCCCUCCGCGAGAUGAUGCUCGAGCACCAGUUUGGCAAGGCUGGUGAUGAGGUCGUCAUUGAGGAGUUCAUGGAGGGUGAUGAACUGAGCAUUCUCACCUUCAGUGACGGUUACACUAUCCGUUCCCUGCCUCCAGCUCAGGACCACAAGCGCAUCUUCGACGGUGACCAAGGCCCCAACACCGGUGGCAUGGGCUGCUAUGCGCCCACUCGCAUUGCGCCUAAGGAGGUGCGCGAGGAGAUUGACCGUACCAUCAUCCAGCCUUCCAUUGAUGGUAUGCGCCGCGAUGGUUUCCCCUUCGUUGGUAUCCUCUUCACUGGUCUUAUGAUGACCAAGGAGGGACCCAAGGUCCUCGAGUACAACGUCCGUGGUGGUGACCCCGAGACACAGACUCUGCUGCCUCUGCUGAGCAAGGACACCGAUCUGGCCCAGAUCAUGGUCGCCUGUACUGAGCACUGGCUGGAUGGCGUGUCCGUCAAGGUCGAGGACAACUACUCCACCACCGUCGUUGCCGUUGCUGGCGGAUACCCUGGCCCCUACGGCAAGGGCCAGACCAUUACUCUGGACCCUGCCCCCGCUGGUACCCUCAUCUUCCACGCCGGUACCACUCUGUCUGGCAAUGAGCUGCAGACCGCUGGUGGCCGUGUCAUCGCCGCUACUGCGACUGCCCCUACCCUCGAGGAGGCCGUCUCCAAGAGCUACGAGGGCGUUGCUACCAUUCACUUCGAUGGCAUGUUCUACCGUAAGGACAUCGCCCACCGUGCGUUCCGCCAGACUGCCGACACUUCUCUCACCUACGCCCAAGCCGGUGUCUCCAUUGAUGCCGGUAACGAGCUGGUGAACCGCAUCAAGGCCUCCGUGGGCCGCACCAAGCGCCCCGGUACUGACGCCGUCAUCGGUGGCUUCGGUGGUCUCUUCUCUCUGCCCGCCGCCAACUCCCAAUACCACCCUCACUCUCCCACCCUGAUCGGUGCCAUCGAUGGUGUCGGCACCAAGCUCAAGAUCGCCCACAGCGUCGGCAUCCACGAUACCGUCGGUAUCGACCUGGUGGCCAUGAACGUCAACGACCUUGUCGUCCAAGGCGCCGAGCCUCUCUUCUUCCUGGACUGCUACUCCUGUGGCCACCUGGACGUCGCAACUGCAGCUGCCUUCGUGACCGGUGUCGCCGAGGGCUGCGUGCAAGCCGGCUGCGCCCUGAUCGGUGGUGAAACCGCCGAGAUGCCCGGCCUCUUCGUCGACGAGUCCUACGACGCAGUUGGAGCCGCCGUCGGCGCCAUCAACACCACCGGCGAGCACGCCCGCAAGAUCCUCCCUUACACGGACUCCAUGCGUCCCGGCGACGUCCUCCUCGCCCUGGGCUCUUCCGGCCCACACUCAAACGGCUACUCGCUCGUCCGCAAGAUUGUCGAGCGCGCUGGCCUGAGCUACACCGACCCGGCCCCCUUCACCAUGCCCGGCCAGUCCUCCUCUUCUCCCUCCCUCGGCGCUGCCCUCCUCACCCCUACCCGCAUCUACGUCAAGUCUAUCCUCAACGCCCUCGCCUCCCACCCCGCUGCCAUCAAGGGUCUGGCUCACAUCACCGGCGGCGGUCUCGUCGAGAACGUCCCCCGCAUGCUGCCCGAUACCCUGACGGCGCAGAUCGACGUCAGCACCUGGGCCCAGCCUUCUGUCUUCUCCUGGCUGCAGCGUGCCGGUAACGUCUCCGCGGCGGAGAUGGCCCGCGCCUUCAACUGCGGUAUCGGUAUGAUUAUCGCCGUCGACCCCGCGUCCGAGGUUGCUGUUCGUCAGAGCUUCGAAGAGCAGGGCGAGGCUGUUUACCGUAUUGGUGAGCUGCGUGCUCGUGCUGAGGGUGAAGAGGGAUGUGUUCUCUCUGGACUUGAGUCGUGGAGCGCAUAG